GCCCCCUGGACACAAUCUCCUGUUCUCCACAGAGGUCUUUACAAAGCAAAAGGCGCGCAUGCAUUAAGAGUGAUGAUGAUCUUCCACCAGCGUGCAGCAGUGUCAUGCUAAGGGGAGUGAAAGCUGGAGGGCCCUCCUAGCCUACAGACAGCCGCCCACACGAGGAAGUGGUUAUGAGUUUGGGGCAGGAAGAGGGAAGUGAACCGUUUUUCAGAGAGAAAAACGUCUAAGGAAAUAGUUCAGUUCAUUCAGAGGCAAGCCAGCGUUUGUGUUGACUGCACAGAGUCCACGAACUUGGGCUUCUGGUUCACAUCUUGACGACCCCCUGCUCCUCCUGGGUUUCUUUCCCUUCCCUCCCCCUCCUCUUUUUUUAAGGAACCAGGUGUCCCAUUGGUCUGUCACAGCCAUGGCUUACCACAGUUUUUUGCUGGAGCCCAUCAGCUGCCAUGCCUGGAACAAAGAUCGGACCCAAAUUGCCUUGUGUCCAAACAACCAUGACGUUCACAUCUACAAGAAGGCGGGCAACAGCUGGACCAAAAUUCAUGAGUUGAAGGAGCACAAUGGCCAAGUGACUGGUAUUGACUGGGCCCCAGAGAGCAAUCGCAUUGUGACCUGUGGCACGGACCGCAACGCGUACGUGUGGACACUGAAGGGCGAGGCGUGGAAGCCCACCCUGGUCAUCCUGAGGAUCAACCGCGCCGCCCGCUGCGUAAAGUGGUCGCCCAAGGAGAACAAGUUUGCUGUCGGCAGUGGCUCCCGCCUCAUCUCUGUUUGCUACUUUGAGCAGGAGAACGACUGGUGGGUUUGCAAACACAUCAAAAAGCCCAUCCGCUCCACCAUCCUGUGCCUGGACUGGCACCCCAACAAUGUUCUGCUGGCAGCAGGGUCAUCUGACUUCAAGUGCAGAAUUUUCUCUGCCUACAUCAAAGAGGUGGAGGAGAAGCCUGCCCCAACUCCGUGGGGCUCCAAGAUGCCCUUUGGAGAGGUAAUGUUUGAGUCCAGCGGCACCGCAGGCUGGGUGCACGGGGUGAGCUUCUCAGACAGCGGAAACCGAGUGGCCUGGGCCAGCCAUGACAGCACAGUGGCCGUGGCGGAAGGGGGCAAGACCUCUGUGAUCACCAGCCUGAGCUCUGCGUCCCUCCCUUUGCUGUGCGUGACCUUCAUUACUGAGAAUAGCAUUGUGGCAGCUGGACACGACUGUUACCCGGUGCUGUUUGUGUAUGAUGCUGGAAAGGGGGAAAUUACAUUUGGCGGGAAACUGGACGUGCCAAAGCAGAGUGCCCAGAAGGGCCUGACAGCCAGAGAACGUUUCCAGAACCUGGACAAGAAAGCCACAGAGGCCAGAGACACCGAAUUGGGUUCACUGCACAAGAACAGCAUCAGCCAAAUCUCAGUUCUGGAUGGAGGGAAGGCUAAAUGUGCCAAGUUCUGCACCACUGGAAUGGAUGGAGGAAUGGCCAUUUGGGAUGUGAAGUCUAUUGAAUCUGCAAUGAAGGACCUGAAGAUUCAGUAAAUGCUGGGCAAUGAGCUGCAUAAUCAAAUGGUACUCAAACUGCAAUAUUAUACGAUUUUAUACAAUGUUUAACCAGUGCCACUUUGGCAUGGCAAAGCUAUUAUGCUUUUGGAAUAUGAAGUUAUUACUUAAAGCUGUAUGCUGGUCAGUUAUGUCACUUAUAUGCUGGUCAUAAAAUGCUUUCUUUCUGAUUAAGUAAAAAAUGCAAUGUGUUAUGUCCAAUUAAAGAAAUAAAAUGUUUGAUCAAUA